CUCACUGCUCAGUCAACCUUCCGACCUUGGGUGAGAGACAGUGAGAGACGAUGUGAAUAAAAUCAUCUAGAUAUCAUUAUAGAUUUUCCAGUGACAACUAAUCCAAGAUAUUUAAUCUGAAACUGUGAUGGAACCCUAGAGGAAGGAGGAGAUGGUUUCUAGACUGAUCUCCAUCCUCCUGGUGGCCUCCGGGCUCCUGGGCCCCUGCCAACCCUUCAACCUGGAUACAAGGAACCUUGUAAUACAGGAUAGGCCUGCAGGAUCCUGUGAUAAAGAAUGUAUGUUUGGAUUCUCAGUAGCUCAGCAUUCAGAAGGAGGAACUCCAUGGGUACUUGUUGGAGCACCUAGAGCAGAGUCAGGACAGCCUGGUGUAAGCAAGGGUGGAGCUGUUUAUAAAUGUCCAGCUCUAUCUUCCGGAGGUUGUCAAAUCAUUCCUUUCGACAAAUCAGGAGAUACAUCAACUCCUCAGGGUAAACAGUAUGAUAUUAAGAGCGGUCAAUGGUUUGGAGCUGUUGUUCAAAGCUCCGGAGCAGAUGGUACAGUAUUGGCCUGUGCACCGCGCUAUGUCUGGCUAUCCAGGAACUAUAACAGAAGAGAACCUAUUGGUACAUGUUACACGGCGAAAAACAAUUUAGGGGAAUUUCUCGAACACUCCCCAUGCCGGACAAGGAAAUGGGGAUAUCAUCGACAGGGUUCAUGUCAAGCAGGACUUGGAGCUGCAGUAUCAAAGAAUGGAGAACAGAUUUAUAUUGGUGCUGUGGGCUCCUGGUACUGGCAAGGGCAAGUGUACUCUAUAAAUACACAGAGUAGAAAUUCUUCCAUCUUUAACCAGUCUCCAGGUCAGGUUUUCUCCACGAACUUACGCCAGCUCCGGAACCAACGGAAGACUGAGGAAGGAGAUCCUCAGGACGAUGAUAGCUAUCUCGGAUACUCCGUUACAACCGGAGAAUUUAACGGAGAUGGAGACGGGAUGGAUGUUGCUGUUGGAAUGCCACGUGGAGCAAAUCUCACCGGAAAGGUUGUGCUGUACAACUCCAACCUGACAAACCUUAACAACCUGACCGGGACUCAGGUCGGAGCUUACUUCGGAUACUGUCUAGCUACCGCUGAUCUUAACGGGGAUGGACUUGAUGAUAUUAUCAUAGGUUCUCCGAUGUGGACGGAUUACUCUAUCAUGGGAAAGUUUGAAACAGGACGUGUUUAUGUUGUGUAUCAGGAUAAAAAUCAUCGUUUCCGGAGAUUCGAGACUCUGGACGGAGAGAAUCAUAAAGCAAGGUUCGGGAUGGCUGUGGCGUCUCUAGGAGAUAUAAACCUUGAUGGUGCUGCUAGUGGUGACUCCAGUAUUGGAUACCAUG